AGUAACAUUGAAAAUAACUACGCACGAAUCUUUGGUGGUUUUUUCCGCAAUUCAUUAAAAAAAUUAUUACCGUUUAUAAAUAUCUAAAAUAUAGCCUAAGGGCAGGCAAAACAUAAGCCAAUAUCUGAAACAAUCAUAAAAACAUUUUGACUGUGAAUUGUUUCAUAAGAAUGACGCUACAAGAAGUCGUGACUCCAACAACAUUUUGUGAAAAUGUGUCUGCUAACAACUCUGUGAAAUAAAUAAAUAACCGUGUGUGUGGUGAAAAGGUGUAAAAAAGAAGGAGAAAAUAAAGUGCUUUUAGUGUUUAAAGUGCUUUAAAAAAUUAAACCAAUUAUUCGAAAAUUAUUUGGGUUAAACAUGAUCGUUAACAAAUAGACCCACUUUGGCUAUCUUAUCCCCAAAGGAUUAGAUUUGGUUUUCUCUUCGACGUAUUAACAAAACAUCAGCUUAUAGAUAUUUUACAAAUUAUCGACCCACAAGCAAUUGGAUAGAUAUAUAUAUAUAUUGUUAUAAAACCUUUAAGUGCUGCGAUUAUUUUUUAAUUAUGAGUCGGUAUCAUAAUAGUGUCAACAAAACUUCUACUUCAUAUAAUUACCCCAGCAAUUGUAAAAAAAUGUCUAAUCGGCGACAAAUUGAUCAUGAGAGUGGUUACUAUGAAGAUGUAAACGAAGAUCCUUACAACUAUGGUGGUGGUAGCGGUGGGCAAAUUGGUAAGCGCACCAGACAACGGUCCAAUGAUGUUGCCGCGUCAAAGUAUACCAAAAAGCAAAAAGUCAACAAUUCUCAUCACACAAGUGGGGGGCAAGAGAAACAACAAAAACAUUCUUCAACGUCCUCAACCUCAUCCACAUCAUCACGCAAUGUGAAUGAUCAAAUUAAGGAGCUUCGUUAUAUUCCAGAAUAUAACUAUAACAACAACAAUAACAAAAUGUAUGAUAACAACCAUAUGGAGCAGAAUAAAAUAUCUUCAUAUCAUAGCCAAAAUUCCUCAUCUUAUGCUCAGAAAAGCAAGAGCCAUGCCAAUGCCACCAACCACAAUAAUAACAAUGUUAAAAAUAUACCAAAAACUAAGUCGGCUAAUAAAAUGAGCGCCAGCUCCAGUGCCAAUAACAAUAAUAACAACAACGUUUAUGGCUCAUCCUCCACCCAAAACCAUCAUAAAAAUCCAAAGAUAACGCAAAACUAUUGCAACUCAGAGGAGAUAGUCGAAAUUCCCGACAGUGAAGGCGAAGAAAUCGUUGACAAUAAGGACAACAUGGCCACUUCAUCCUCCAAGUCAUAUAAAAUGAAAAAUGGGAGUGUUAACAGCGUGACUUCACCCAAGAUCGCUGGCUGUGGUGUACCUACAUAUGUUGUCAGUGGCAGUAGCAGUGGCAGCAACAGCAAUCAUUCAAACCACAACUAUGGAGCCGAGCAACAGGCAUCAAGUUCAAAGACAACAACUAACGGGGGAGCCAGUAAAUCGCAUAAUGACUCAAAUAAAAAGGCUGGCGGAACCGGUGAUAAUGGACAAAAUAAUUCGAGUAAUGAUUUGGAGCGCCUGCAGCGAGAAAUCGAAGAAGUCACUCAAGUUUACACGAAAUAUGUUGUUAAAGAUGAUGAGCAGGUCAAUUUGUCCCAUUUUCAACUUAUACGUGUUCUGGGCACUGGAGCAUAUGGAAAAGUAUUUUUGGUACGUAAAAUCGAUGGAAGUGAUAAAGGGCAAUUGUAUGCUAUGAAAGUUUUAAAGAAAGACACUGUUGUGCAAAAGAAGAAAACUGCAGAGCAUACAACCACCGAAAGACAGGUGCUCGAGGCAAUUCAACAAAGUCCGUUCCUGGUGGGUCUGCACUAUGCGUUUCAAACAGACUCCAAACUUUAUCUUGUUUUAGAUUAUGUUAGCGGUGGAGAGCUUUUUACUCAUCUCUACAAGGCAGAGCAUUUUCCCGAAUCCACUGUUCGAGUGUAUAUUGCGGAAGUAGUGCUGGCUCUAGAGCAUCUUCAUAAACUUGGAAUUAUUUACCGUGACAUUAAAUUGGAGAACAUACUUUUAGACGGUCAGGGACAUAUUGUGCUAGCAGACUUUGGCCUUUCGAAAAUAUUUGGUCCUAACUCAGACCACAGAGCCCAUAGUUUUUGUGGUACUCUGGAGUAUAUGGCACCAGAAAUAAUAAGAGCUGGGCCAAAUGGUCAUGAUCUUGCAGUGGACUGGUGGUCCGUGGGUGUAUUGACUUAUGAACUGCUCACCGGUGCCUCGCCUUUUACUGUGGUUGAACAACAAAACUCCCAAAGUGAUAUAUCGCGUCGUAUACAAAAAGUCGAUCCUGUGCUACCUCCAACAUUGGGCGAGAACGUCAAAGAUUUUAUUUUGAAAAUGUUGCAUAAAGAUCCAAAGAAACGUCUGGGUGGCAAUAGCCGCAAUGCAGCGGAAAUAAAAAAUCACCCCUUCUUCAAGGGAAUCAAUUGGAACGAGCUUAAGAGCAAGCGGCGAAAAGCCCCAUUCAAGCCGGCUUUGGCGAGUGAAGAUGACACGCAAAACUUCAGUGAAGAGUUUACCAAGCAGCCGGUAAUCGAUUCGCCGGCACCGGUUCCGUCAAACACCCAUAGACUCUUCCGUGGCUACUCUUAUGUGGCGCCACAACAUCGUACACCUGAGGUGGAAAUUCCGCCAAAUAGCUACUUGGAGUAUUGCAAUAAAGCUGCUUUGGAUACCUUCCCUGCUCCCGAUAAAAAUCUGGAAUUGAGGGAAUUACGAAGUAAUGGUGCUUUUGGCAAGUGCUUUGUCGGUUGGGAUGAGACAUGUGGUGGCAAAGUUGCUGUAAAGAUUGUCCCACUUAACCAUUACCGACCUUCAGAAGUGGAUGCCCUGAUCUCGUGUGGCCAAGAUGGCCACAAAUAUAUAGCGCAAUAUAUAGGCACCUACCGCAAAGAUUCAGAUAUGUGGAUCGUACAAGAAUUUGUUCCAGGAUGUGAACUUUCCGACUAUAUAUACCAGCAUGAUGAGGGGUUGGAUGAAUUGUCUUGUUUGAAUAUCAUAACACAGAUGAUGGAUGCUGUACAGCACAUUCAUAAAAGGCAAUUUAUUCAUGGGGACCUGAAACCAGAAAAUGUGCUGUUUACUGCAGAUGACAUGGGGGAAAUCAAGUUGGUAGACUUUGGGGCAGCAUGCUAUCAUGGCGAUAUGGAAAGUUGGAGCGAUAAGCCACGCUACACUAUCGAUUACGCACCACCCGAAUUGUUAGAGGAAGCCGAGUUCGGUACGUAUUCAGAGGCAGUGGAUAUUUGGUGUUUAGGUGCAACAUUGUUCACAAUGUAUAUGGGUCAUACACCCUUUCGGCGGGGCCGAGGGGAUCGUGAAGUUAGCUUGGAUACAUUGAAACAAAGAAUUCUUAGUGAAAGCUUCUACACGGAGUCGUCUCGUUGGCAACAAGCUAGUCCCGAGUUGAGAAAUCUUAUAAUGGGUUGCCUGGAAAAGGAUGUAGCGAAAAGGCUGACGUUGUUACAGAUACUGGAACACAGCUGGUUCCAUGUACAGUUCGAUGAUAACAUAGAAGUUAUUGGUGAGCUAAUAUCGGAGGCGGAUGAAAUAAAACCUGAAAAUGAUGUAGAGAGCACCGAAAAUGAAGAGUUUGAGGCGGAGAAGGCUGCAAUUUCAGUUCAGGUGUAUGAUGCUGCACAACAAUUGGUGUUUGUCGAAGAAGCAACAGCAUUAAAAGUCGAAGCAGUUGAAAAUGAUAAUGCAUACUUUACGAAUAAAAACGAUGGCGAUGAUGGUAAUUACAUCAGUUGUAUAGACAAUAAAGAGAAUGAAAUUGGAGAGUCACAAAUUAACUUAGUUAAAGAAGAAAAUGUGGAAGCGUUAUCACAAAACACGCGAUUAGCUCUCAUAGCAGAGGAAGAUGAAAGAACAUGCGGUAUGGGUAAAAGCAUUUCCAGCGAGAAAGAAAAAUCCAUCAGCAAAAUUGAUGUUCUUAUUUCUAUUGCCGACACUGCAGCAGCUCAGGAAAGAGAUGCAAUUACAAAAAGUACAAGCAAAAGCUUUCAAGUUGCUGCCAAUCACAUCUCCUCUGACCCAGAAGACUUUAAGGGCUUUGAUGAAAAUACGCCUCCUUUGGAAAGUCAAUUGGGUACACUUAAUCGUUUCAUAACUUCAACUAGACGCUGCAAACGAGCCUAUAUGGAAGAUCCAAAACGCCUGAAAUCCUCACCUCCAACAGUCAAUGUGCACAGAACAAGGAAUUCCGCUCGGAAUGUACAACAACCAUUAGCGCCAAAGCCAUUGGAUGAUAAGACAAAUAUAACGCCUGUAAAUGAUGUUAUGUCAACUUUGGACAGCAAGUCCAUCACAAUAUCUCAGAGAAGUCGCAGACCACAAACAUUGGCGAGUAGUGCAAUGAAAAAGAAAAACGUAGCAGCAGCUCAAAAGACAGUUGAAGCUAUAGUCCAAGAUAAUGUUGAUGAUUUUAUGGGCUAUACAGAUUUGGAGCGUAAAGAAGAGACGGCCAGAUUUAAAUCCAGCUGGCGCAUCUUUAAUCAAAUGAUACACAAUACUCAGAUGACUUUGAAAUAUUUUAAUGUUGACAAGCGAGGGUACCAUAAAAAUAGUGCGAAUGUCAAUGCUGAACGGCAAAGUGUAAGCAAGGAACAACAAAUAAAAGCAGAGCCAAUGAUGAGCACGACGAAACCAAACUCACCAACGCCCCCUGUACCUGCCAGUUGCAAUGAGAAUAUCUUUCAAGCUGGCCGUAGACAGCCGGCUCGUAUCACACGUUGCCAGAGGGCGCGUUAUGUUUUCGAAUGAUUUCUGUGUUUGUUAGAUUUUACGUUAUUCUCAGCUGGUCACUGCACAUUUCAACAGGGUAACACACAACCAACUAAAUCACCACGCGUAAAUCAUGAAAGCUAUUCUUCCAUCUACAAGUUUGGAGAAAUUAUUGUCAGACUUUUGCUCAUGAUAGACCAUUGACUAUGCGUGUGUUGUCCAAGAUUAGCCAAAAAGUUCCCAAUUUCCUCAAGCAGAAAGAAUGAAUUGCAAACAAAAGAUUUGAUCUUUUCUCUGCUUAAUCUAAGCACCUAGAGACCAACGACCAAUAAAACAGCCAACCAACCACCCACACAACAAAUACAUGUACAUAUACAUAAACACUGAUUGAUUACUCGCAUUAUGUUUUAUGUAUAUACAUACAUAUUAUAAAUUUUCUUUUUACCAUACUAUAUGAAUAUGUAUAGUUCUGUACAACAUGAAUAUGUUGUAUGCUAUUGUAAUCUUAUUAUAGUUUUGCUAUUGAUUUUUUUCUUCUAAAUUUAAAGUAACCCUUACAUCUAAAUGAGUUUUAAUUCGUUGUUGUUAUUCAAUAUAGUACAUAUCUAACUACUACUACAACUAGUACUACAAAAAUGACCCCCUCCCCUUGUUCACACAACACCGCCCC